AUGGUCUUAAGACAAAUGGUGUGCUCUGAUUUUCAGUGUCUGCAUGAACUGGCUUUCUUACAAGCUUAUAAAUUUGGGGACUGGAGUCUGCUUCGAGUUGGCCGCGAGUCACUUAUCCUUUUCCAUGAUACAGCUGCUGUGCUGAUUGAUGUUAGCCAGCCGAAGGCUUCUUUGUCUCGUACCUCGUCCAACCAUAAUUCUGUUAAGGCUACGGAGGUGACAUCAUCAGCAAUGCAUCUAGAUCAAGCGGGACGUGCUGACUUACGAGACUCACGGGCUGCUGAAGACGGACUUACCAUCUAUUUACUUACAAGGCCCAGGGCACGACUUGUGGAUUCAGCAGAUUCGGUCCAAGCUGCGCGUGAUCGGCGGCGCCGUCCUCCCUUAUCCGAAAGGCAUGUGACCACUGGCCCAAUGGAUGCUUGGCGGGAUGACAAGAAAGGUCGGCAGCACAAGCUGAAAGUUGCUUCUUCAGAAUCAACUGGGUUGUUGUAUAGAUGCGAUUUAAACCGAUCGGCACUCAGGAACCAGUAUACAAAUCUCAAAGAGUCAACAUUUGAUAGGGGAGUCAACCCAUGCUGGGUGGCAAGUGCCUUGGAGGGAAAAGAUGAAUGCCAUAAUUUGGCUCACGGCAUCCAGGUCCACCAAUUGGGCUUCGAUGGCCCCCCCGUUGAUAGAACAGCAGGUGAUAAGGCGAUAAGCGCCUUAAUGGAGAUUUUAGAGCGAGAAGAGGAUAUCCUGGAGGCAGAACGGAUACGGAAGAAGUCGUUAACACGACUGAUCAACCUGACAGUAAGGACGAAAUAUUUUACAUUUAACGGCAGUAUCUACGAGCAAAUAUUUGGACUACCGAUGGGAUCUCCACUCUCACCUCUUUUGGUAAAUGUGUACAUGGACAAGUUGGAAAAAGAAUUUGAGAAGUCACCACUGCAACUAAGAGUGCUCAUGCGAUACUGGGAUGACUUCUUUGCACUUUAG